CUAGCGCAGGCGAAGAGUUGGUUCUUCGUCCAGAACUGCUUGCAGUCCUGUUCCUGGUGCGGCUUCGGCUUAAGUGAGCCUCAAGCGAGGAAGGGGCGAUCGUUGAAUGGGUGAUGAGAGAUCAGCGGGGUGUGUAUGGACUUUGCGGGUGCGGUGAUAGGACGAGCAGGACGGUGGGUGGGGUGCUGUGGGACGCGUCGUGCCUUUUCAGCCCGUUCUUAUCGCUGCUCUCGCUGCCGGGGCGACGAUGACGACAGGACAGGUAAAAGCCUACACGCAUCACGGUCGAUAUGCUGCGCGAUGACAUGCAGGGUGCAGACGAGGAUGAACUGAUGAGCCCGGAUCAGUGCGCCACGCGGAGUACAUAUCGUCACAACUACCCGUUUGGGGAACAAGGGCGCGCCUCAAACGGGCGCGCAAGGCGGGCGGCACCGAUACAUGAUAGCCGAGCCCCCUCAGCUCGCAGGUUCAGAGGUCAGAAACAGUCGUGGCGCUCAUCGCAAAACCAAUCCUCGAGGAUCGUGUGCGGCGGCUCGCUCGUUCUCGGAGACGACCAUCAGAUUUUAUCGCGUCUGUACUGCGUGUUGCCAUCAUGCGGGACAAGGUCCUGGUCUAUUGUCCGGCGGCCUGACUGGGGGCCCCAAGAAGUACACGCCGGCUCUGCAUCGGAUCGGCGAGGGACAAUGCAUCCAACCGCGCCAGAAUCGCUGGCGGGGAGGCAAUGCCGCGCGUACCUCGAUCUUCUCCUCCCCCAUCCCACGUCGACCUGACGCAGAGGAUAGGAUGAAUCGCAAUGGUAGGAGGACAUGCAGUCGAUGUUACAACACUGCUGGCGCCCACGAAGAGCAAACGGCGUUGAUAAAUAGGCACAACAACUUCGGAGUUCGUUGUAUGUAGCACCGGAGUUCGCCGAAUAUUAUACUGGAGUUCAC